AUGGCGCCGAAAUCGAAGAGCCACCUUCGUUACCAGCCGCGAAAAUCAGCAUCUCGAUCGACACAAGCCUUCACAGUGCUAAUCCUUCUGCUCGUAGUGAUUCUGAUUCUUCUCGGUCUCGGGAUCUUAUCACUUCCCAAUGCCAAUAGAAACUCUUCCAAGCCCAAUGAUUUGACCAACAUUGUUCGCAAGACCGAGGAGAGUUAUGGAGAUGAGGAAGGGAACAACGAGCGUUGGGUUGAAGUGAUUUCAUGGGAGCCUAGAGCUGUUGUUUACCACAAUUUCUUGACGAAUGAAGAAUGUGAGCACCUGAUCGGUCUGGCUAAACCGAGCAUGGUUAAGUCAACCGUGGUUGAUGAGAAAACCGGUGGGAGCAAAGACAGCAGAGUGAGGACGAGCUCAGGGACUUUUCUUAAGAGAGGACAUGACCAGGUUGUGGAGACGAUCGAGAAACGGAUCUCGGAUUUCACCUUCAUUCCCGUUGAAAACGGAGAAGGUCUUCAAGUUCUUCAUUACCAAGUUGGGCAGAAGUAUGAGCCUCACUAUGACUAUUUCUUGGAUGAGUUCAACACCAAGAACGGUGGGCAACGAAUCGCUACUGUUCUUAUGUACCUCUCGGACGUUGAUGAUGGUGGCGAGACUGUGUUCCCGGCGGCGAAAGGAAACAUCAGCGCAGUCCCGUGGUGGAACGAGCUAUCGAAGUGUGGCAAAGAAGGACUCUCUGUUCUACCGAAGAAGAGAGAUGCUUUACUUUUCUGGAACAUGAGACCUGAUGCUUCUCUAGACCCUUCGAGUUUGCAUGGUGGAUGUCCAGUGGUGAAAGGAAACAAAUGGUCAUCCACUAAAUGGUUCCAUGUCCACGAGUUUAAGGUUUAA